UUUUGUUUUAGGGUGUACAGUUGGCCAUGGUAUGGAGAUCAAAGUUCUCACAGCCUGGAGACAUUUCACUGAUAUCAGUGCCAAUAUAGCAUAGUGCCUCCUGCAAGAAAAGUCCUGCCAUGGAUGCCUUAUAGAAUGAGAUACUCUCUGCUAUAUAUAUUGUGGUGCAGUUUCUGAAGUUGCAAUGGGCACAUAGACGCCUUCCUCCGGGACCAACCCCAUUCCCCAUUCUUGGAAGCUGAACUUUAAAGUUGAUCAUGACAGCCUCAAUAAGAUGGCAGAAGUUCAUAGCAACAUCUUCACUUUGUGGCUGGGACACGCCCCUGGGGUCGUACUGCAUGGGUUCCAAGCAGUGAAGGAUGGGCUGAACACCCACCCUGAAGAGUUUUCUGGACGGCUGGAGACCCCUGUCUUCAAACGAUUGGCAAAUGGAAAGGGUAUUAUGUUCUCAAGUGGUCACACCUGGAAGCAGCAGAGACGCUUUGGGCUGAUGACCCUGCGGAACCUGGGGCUGGGCAAGAAAGGCCUGGAGCACCAAAUCCAAGAGGAGGCCCGUCACCUGGUGGGGUACUUUGAGACUGUGAAAGGGAAAUCUCUGGAUCCUUCUGUCCCCAUUGUUCAUGCUGUCUCAAACGUGAUUUGUGCUGUGGUUUUUGGACAUCACUUCUCCUUAGAGGAUGAAACCUUCCACCAACUGAUUGAAGCCUUCGACUGUAUAUUGGCUUUUGGGAACAGUUUCCAUUUUUUGCUGUUUGAACUUCUCCCCUGGCUCAUGCAUCAUCUCCCAGGGCCUCAACAGAAGGCAAACUCUUGCUGUGAGUUUGUGUGUCCUUUCAUAAGGAAGGAGAUCAGAAGCCACAAGGAGAGAGGCAUACCAGGCAAACCACAGGAUUUCAUUGACUUCUAUCUGGCUCAGAUAGCCAAACAUGCCGUCAAGAACUACAGAUAA